AUGACGAGAUUUCAGCAAGCGUACGAUGAAGGAUUCGAAAAGUAUGUCUUCAAUGAACUUCUGAGUAAACGAAUUGGACCACGAAGACGAAUACCCGACACAAGGCAUUACUUGUAUGUUUCAAGCUUUUAUUUUCUCAUUUGUUGGUGA